AGAAUUGAACCUAACUUUUCACAUAGACGUAACAAAAUAUUUCAGGCAUGAUGUAAUUAUGUAAUAUUAUUAUAAAAGUAUGAAUCGGUAGUCUAUCGACAUUUGAUUUUCAAGAACUAAUCGUUUAUAUUUGUCAGUGAAAGGAUGAUGAACCCAAACAUAAAUAGCAAUUGCUGUGAACCUAUAGAACUACGUGCACUAAAGCAACGAUUAGCAAACUUAACUUGUACAUGUAAAACUUAUAAAAAUAAUUCCCGCUAUUGGAAAAUUGGUAAUCAAGUUGAACAAGGGAUUCAGGUAAAAAAGUCAAACAGCUCUUCUGAUCAAUUUGUACAAACUACGAGUGGUAAUAAAAUUCGAGACGACAGACACAUUGAAAUAGUACCUCAGCAGCAAAGUGUUAAGAUCGAUUACCUUCGUAAUAAUUUUGUACUAUGCCCUACUUGUUUGGUCGCUUUAAACGCAUUACACAAAGGCUCAACUAGAGUCUUAAAGGACGAGGAAUUAGAAACCAAUUCUAAAAUGUUUACAUGUGAUAAAUCUAUAGGAAGGAAUUUUAAAUAUAUAGAUAAAACUACUUCAGUUACUGGUAAACCUGAGCCGGGUUAUUCUAAUUUGACUUUUUAUGAUACUAUAAGCGACUGUUCAAGUGACACGCUGAAGUGCAGUCGUAAUAAAAGAGAAAAUAAUCAUGAAAAAGUAACUUUUAUUGAUGACAAUUUGGAAUACCAGCAAAAUAAAAAAAAUCAAGCCUUAAAAGGUAAUUGUUCACGUAUGAACAAUUUUAUAGAUUCUAUCAGACCACCUUUAAUAAACAUGUUUUGAGUUUAAUAAAAAGUAUUGUAGAUAGUAACGAAUGUCGAUACACUCGAUUCAAAUAUUAUACACCUGUGUAAAUAGCUACAUAGUCAAUGCAAAAGAAAUAAAUUCUAUAGAUCUUUGUAAGUACGCACAUAUUUGUAUCUACCUACUACGAUAAGAAUGAUGAAAGAAGAGUUUUAUUGCGAAAUAAUUUCUAAUAUGAUUAAUUGAAAAUACUAUAAUGGUAUCUACUAUAAUGAAAAUACAGGCUGUUGUUAAUAUAUUAUAUACACCUCCGUUUACUA